ACCAAAUAAGCUAAGAUGUACAGAAUAUGGUCCAACAAAAAUCAAUUUACAGCGGGGAAGAGGAAAUGUCGAAGACUUGAAAGCAAAUUCUAUCCGAUAGAAAGUCCUAUAUUAUGUCAUUAUAUGGAGUCUGGUUCACUUGAAUUAGCUUGCUCAGUUGAACUCCUCUGUGAAGUCCAGUUACGGGCAAUGACACUGCUGUUCUGUAUUUUUUGUCUUUGUCCACAGAUCAGAUGACAGCAUCUUGGGAAUUGUCUCCUUGCUGCAGAACAAGUUAGGACAAGCCUGGAUCCUUCUUUAGCUUGCUGCACUCUGCAGUAUACCUAUAACAGGGUGGCCUGUGCCCGUGGUUUCAACUAAGCAGUUCAUCCUGGGUUAAGCAGCUCAGGUGUGCCCCAGGGAGGGCAGGGAGGCCAUGGAGGUUCCUCUGGUAAACUUUGAGAACCUGGACGAUAUCGGAAUUAACCUGGGAGACCCAAGUGACUCAGGAUAUCCAGCUUCACCCACUUCAGAGACACCAGAGCAGAACCAGCUGACACAUGGUCUAGAUUCACCAGCACAUUCACCACAAAGAUAUAGGAGGCCUGGAAACUCAACAACAUCUCCCACAACACUCACUAAGAGAGGGACCUCAAGUUGCAACAGUCUCAUCUCUAACUGGAAGGUACUUAUGAACAGUGAAGGCAGUCCAUGUGAGGCUCUCCUAGGCAAGGUAGCUAAAGACUGUUGUGAUGACUUAUUUGCAGAAAAGCAGAACCUUGAAGAGGGUGAUCAAAGAGUAGUCAUCAAUGUCUCAGGAAUGAUGUAUGAGACGACACUUAAAACCUUGAACCAGUUCCCUGAUACUCUGCUUGGGGAUCCUAAAAGAAGGAUGGACUAUUUUGACCCCAUGAAGAAUGAAUAUUUUUUUGACCGCAAUCGGCCAAGUUUUGAUGGAAUCCUGUACUUUUAUCAGUCCGGUGGUAAGAUCCGCAGACCGGCAAAUGUACCAUUGGAUGUUUUUGCUGAUGAGAUUGUCUUCUACAGGCUGGGCCAUGAAGUGAUGGAACAGUUUAGGGAGGAUGAAGGUUUUAUCAAAGACCCUGAACCUCAGUUGCCGACAAGUGAGCUGUACCGUCAGUUCUGGCUCUUAUUUGAGUACCCAGAGAGCUCUAGUGCUGCCAGAUCUGUGGCUGUAGUGUCUGUUCUUGUCAUCACCAUCUCUAUUUGUAUAUUCUGUCUAGAGACUCUCCCAGAGUUCCGCGAUGAUCAUGAAUUUCCCCAUAAAGUUGUUAACUUAACUCGUGAUGCUAACGGAACACUUCUUUCUCCAAGCCCUCCUCCCAAAACUAUGGAAUCUACUUUUACAGAUCCUUUCUUUGUUGUAGAAACUAUAUGUAUAAUCUGGUUCUGCUUUGAGCUAGGAGUGCGCUUUGUUGUGUGCCCCAGCAAGAGUGAGUUUUUUGGCAACAUCAUGAACGUAAUUGAUAUUGUUUCCAUUAUGCCGUACUUCAUCACUGUAAUCACAGAGCUCAUGGCCACUCAUGACUCAGCAGCGAAUCAGAAUAUGUCUCUGGCCACAUUACGUGUCAUCAGACUGGUGAGAGUAUUCAGGAUCUUCAAACUUUCCCGUCAUUCCAAGGGGCUACAGAUUCUGGGGCAAACCCUAAAGGCUAGUAUGAGGGAGCUUGGCUUGCUCAUCUUUUUCCUGUUCAUUGGAGUCAUCCUUUUCUCCAGUGCCAUUUAUUUUGCUGAGGUUGAUGAACCCGAAACACAGUUUGUGAGCAUCCCAGAGGGGUUCUGGUGGGCUGUGGUCACCAUGACAACAGUUGGCUAUGGUGACAUGUGCCCAAUCACCUUGGGGGGUAAGAUGGUAGGAAUCCUCUGUGCCAUCGCUGGAGUGCUGACAAUUGCUCUGCCAGUUCCUGUCAUUGUUUCUAAUUUCAACUAUUUCUACCAUCGUGAAACAGAGCAGGCAGAGAAGCAGGUGAUGGAUGCAGCUGCAGAGGCUGCUGCAAAUCAGAAGACUGAUGAUAAAUAUGAUAGUAACUUUUCUCUGGACAAGAGUAAUGGAAACUGGCAGCCUGAAAAAAAUGGCAUUCCUUGAAAAAUGUAGUGUUGCUAAAACCAGCAUUACUAGCAAUAAAAAAACUGAACAAUACAAUGCACUUAGAAAACAUAUUUUUGGAUUAAAAAUUAUGUACUCAAUACAAUGCAUAGAUCAGCAGUACUAUUGUAAGACUUAUCAUAUCAUGAAACAUAGGAAAUGAUGCAGAGCAGGCAAAAAGCUGCUGAAAACACCUACAACUUAAAACCUCUUGGGUCAAUCUGCCUAGUAAAAAGCCAGUCACGCAAUCACAAAGGCUGAUGAAGGAGAUUUCCUCUUUAACGCUUUCUGAGCUGCUUAUCAGCACUAGAGUUUAAUUAGCACUGAAAAACAUUGAGUCAAAAAUGAAAAGAUGCUUACAAAUUGUUUUCUAAGAAAGCUGACAGCAUUUAGGUCAAAAGGCUAUUAGUUAUCAGGAAUUGGGUGUUUUUUCCCCAGAGCCCUUUAAUUGAUGAUUUUGCACACAUUUUUCCUGCUCUAACAGCUGCACUUUGCUGAAUGCAUUCCAUGUUCCUUUAUGUUUAUGCUGACAUAACCUUUAACACUGCUGAGUGUUGAGAAAACUGUCAUCCAUCUUUCAAUGUUUCUAUAUGUCUGCUUUGAAAUAUAUGACGCUUAUUGCUUUGGUUCCUACUACAGAUUGUGAUACUGUAUUAUACUGGGAUGACUCACACUAUCAUGGACACAACAGCUAUUUGUCCCACAUUUAUCCAGUGGUUGCUAUACACACCAAGAGGUGUCUAAAUUUGGGAGUCUGGUUUGUAGCUUGGAAUGCAUCAUAUAAUUUUGAUGACAGUUUUAAUUGGACAUCUAUUUAUCUAAUGGAUGUCUGUACAUUUUGUUACUGUUGGUUUGUGUAAGCCACAUAACAGUAUGCAGUAAAGAGUGUAGAUUCAAGCACUAUAAUUUCAUCUAUUGUAUACGUCAGGUUUGAAAUUUAUUGAAGAUUUCUGCCAUUGUAGUAUACAGAAAUUAUUGGAUGGCUUCACUGGUCCUCAAAUAUGCACUCAGAAGAGCUAUGGCCAAAUAUUGCACACCAUGCAUGAGGUGAUCUCUGUUACAGUAUAGGAUUAUAGAACUACCUCUUAGUUAGAACAUUGAAAAACUACCUAGAAUUUGUGUCAUUAGUAGGCAUUUAGGUGAAAGUGUAGAAUCUCUUAACUGUAGCCUUGGGUCAUAAUAACUUAGCUAAGUUGAUUAGUCAGUGUUAACAGAGAGCAUGACAAUAUUGUGCAUGAUAUGAUAUUAAACAUACUGUUAGCAAAGCAACAGAAAGAGAACUGUACUAUAUAUUAUCUGUUUAACCUAACUGUUUACUUCUAAACAUUACAGCAUUUCAUAGUGCAUUAUCAUUUAUGUUGAGCCAAUAAGCACACCAGUCAAUACUCCUCAUGCAUAUUGGUUCCCUGAUAAUCCCAGAUAUAAAUUAUUCUCAUAAUUUGUCUUCUACCAUAUCAGGCUAUUUACUCACUUACUUUCAGUAACCACUUCAUCCUGGUUAGUGUUAAGAGCUUAUCCUGGGAACACUGGUUGAAAGGCAGGAUUACACCCUGAAUGGACUUAAGGAUCUCUCAGGAGACAACCCCCCCACCCCCAGGACCCCAAAGCCCACACCACAU